AUGGCGAGGAGCUGGUGGAUGCCGGAAACAGGAUCCGGGAAGUGGGAGAACAGAUCUCCUGGAAAUACGACGAGAGGGAACGUCGUUUCUGAAGGGCCAGCUAACGGGGAUCGUAUGUGUAUGGGCAAGCAAAGAAUUUCGGACAUCUAUCGCCAACUAGAUAGUGCACAAAAGGAUAAGGGAACCUCAUCUCAAUCAGAUUCCUCAAGAUACUCAGUAAAUACUAAAGAAGGAAUAUUUAUUCGUAAGGCAAAGUUUGAGAACCCACUUACUGCUAAGAAAAGGAAUUGCAUUAUUAGAAAAAGUCAAGAGAAAAUAGGGACGUCACAAUCUAAAGAAGUGAUAAUUAAUAAGGAAACUCAGGAGAUAGGCAAAAACCCGCCUUGGGAAGAUGAAUUGGAUGAAAAAUGGGCAGAUCUCUAUAUGUUAGCCACUACAUCAAUGGAACACACUGUGAAUGAACCAGUUAAUGAAGUUAAUCAAUCGGAACACAAUAACGAGGAUCACUUUCUAAACCAGCAAGAUAUAGAAAACAUUGUCGCUCAGGGAAUAGUUAAUGCUAUUCCGGCAAUCGUCGCUGCGGUAAAAAGUCAUAUUGAGCCUUCGCAAGCUCACCCCAGUAAACGCACGCGUGACGAUAAUUCCAGUAAUAGUAUUAAUGGAGGCGGUAAUAAUGAUAAUGGGAUUCAAGCCCCAUCAAAAAGAGAGCAUUUUGGAAGAAAUAAUACACAAGAAUUAGAAGAAGAAGAAGGUGUAAUGCAUGCAGUUGUGGAUUUUAGAAACAUGUCUUUAGGCACUCUUCCUUUAACUUCAAAUAUCAAUUUAGGGAUUGUUUAUAAAUUGGAUAUUUCCAAAAACAAUAUCCAGGUGAUCCCAGAGUCACUAAUAGCAAGACUUCUAAAUGUAGGAGUGUUGGAUGUACAUUCAAAUCAACUAAGAACAAUACCCAAUUCAAUUGGUUGCUUGUCAAAACUCAAGACCCUAAACAUUUCUGGAAAUCUUCUUCAGUCCCUCCCAAAAACCAUACAAAAUUGCAAAGCCCUAGAACAUUUAAAUGUGAAUUUCAAUCAGUUGAACAAAUUACCGGACAAUAUUGGUUUUAAACUCGUCAAUCUAAAGAAGUUGUCGGUUAACUCAAACAAGCUAACGUUCCUCCCGUCAUCCACCUCCCACUUAACCAAUCUAUGCCACCUUGACGCACGUCUCAACCACCUUGGAUCCCUCCCUAAUGACCUUGGAAACUUAAUCAACCUUGAGAUCCUUAAUAUUAGUCAAAACUUUCGGUACCUUGACACUUUACCAUAUUCCUUAGGUCUCGUUUUCUCUCUUGUUGAACUAGACAUAAGUCACAACAACAUAUCGACCUUGCCAGACUCCAUGGGUUGCCUGAAAAGACUCCGCAAGCUUCAUCUAGAAGGCAACCCUUUGAUGUCUCCACCGCCAGAGGUGGUGGACCAAGGGUUACAUGUGAUGAAAGAGUAUCUUAGGGAGAAGAUUAACAGACAGAAAUCUCCAAAGAAGAAGUCUUGGAUCAAAAAACUAAGGACACAUGGCACAUCUGGUGGGAGCCGCUUGGCGCAAGCAGAGAGAGAAGGAUAUGUGAUGCAUAGUGAUCGGAUUAUCAAUGAACUUGCUUCCCCUAAGCACAUGGGCAUGUUCUCAUCUCGACGAAUCUUCUCUCCAAAAAAGUAUUUUACAACAAUGCUAUGA